AUGUUUGGAUUCGCUAAAAAAAUAGUGUCCACUCUGGAGACCCAGGCAACCAAUUAUCUCAGUGCCGGGUCAGACACCAGUACCGAAAAUUCUGUGGGCCUGCGUGUGUUGGCUGUUGACAAAAACUCGCUAGGUGAAAAAUAUGGGUUUGAAUCCUGGUUCGAUUUCAUCAUGGCCAUCAACGGGUACCCAGUGGUGUCCUUUUUGCAGAGCAGCCAGUCGCAUGAUUCCAAUCCGUACGCACGCCAGGAACAAUCCUCUGACUAUACGCGACUGCUAGAGUUCUUGGCGUACGAGGUGAACACGAAUAAGUCCGAUCUCGUGUUGCGUGUGUGGAGCGCAAAAGGAGCAGUGGAAAGGGACGUCACAAUUCCUAAUCAUGAGUUCACGGCGGAUAAAAACGAGCAGCUAGAUGACAUCAGCAUAUCGCCCUCCCCACAGGACGGGAACGUGGUGCAGAACUCGGCAUUCAAACGACUCCAAAUUACGUUGCAACUGACACCCCUGAGCACGGCCGGGUACGUGUGGCACGUGAUGCGCGUGCAUCCGAACUCGCCGGCGUACCACGCGGGGAUCAUGCCGGACGAGUACAUACUCAACUGUGAGGGCGGGCUGCUGGCUACAGGGGGUGAAGAUCUGCUGGGCAGAGUAAUCCAGUCAGUAUACAAUAAAUGGCAGCAGAGCGCUACGUCCGGCGCAACGCCGUGCUCUGUCGUGCUAUACGUUUACAACCACGACUACGACGCCGUGAGGCCGGUGACGGUGUAUCCAAACGAGACGUGGGGCGGCCGCGGGCUUUUGGGAUGCGAUAUCGGAUAUGGCUUGCUCCACAAAAUACCCGAGGUGGUGGGGAAAUACCACAAGGACGACGACGACUCCGAUGUGGAUCUGACCCCCGGGGGUGUGAUGUUCAGUGCACAGCCUGGGGCGCCAGAUGUGCCCGCGCAAUCAGAUAACGUGUUGCAGCCUGCAGUUCGUGCUCCCUCGUUUGCAGACACGCCUGCCGAUCCGGUUGCGAGAAGAAAGAAAGCGUCCAAGUACGUUGCACCAAAAAGCGAUCUUCAGAGCUAUUUCGAGGAGGAAACAGCCAAGUCUAAACUCAUUGAUGGCGAAGGCAAGACCACACACGGAACUGUUCCUGCUCCCCCGAAAAUUACGAAGGGGCAGAGCUAGCGUUGUUUCCUCCAUUCAAGCCACUCGUCGCGCAGCGUUCGGUAGGCAUUUUUGGAGUAGAAUGAGUCUUUCAUGAAUAGAAAUUGGCAUAUUUGCAAGUCGAGCGCCCUAUUGACCACUCCAAGAUCCCGUAGCAGCGCUACAACCAGAAAGCACAAGCUCCCGAGAACCUGGCCCAGAAGCGUGCCCACCCAUAUCUGAGCAAGGUCAUGGUACUCAAAGUAGAGUCUCGAGUAGCACACAAGGACCUGAGCUGCGACAAGAAGCACAGACAGCCCUAUUUUCGUUGACCUUUCCACCGGGGUUGGCCACUGCAGGAACAUCCGCAGCGACAUGUACGUGACGAAGAAUGCCAUGAACUGUGCGUGCGAUGAUGGCAUCCCAUAGACGAGCCCGCCUUCUUUCUUGAAGAUUUGCCCUUUCGUCGGUCUCUCCAACUUCACCAGCUUCUUCAGCAUGCAGCUGAUGACAUCGUUGAUCACUUGUCCCAGUGCAAUGAGACAGCAUUCGAUUUCGCGAGUCACAACAAACCAGGAGAAGAGAAACACCAGGAUCAGAAUGGGUAGGAGAGAGAACAGCGCCACCGCAAGGCUGAAAAUGUUCGACUCGUCGUAGAGGAUGUAGGUGUGGUCAAAGGGCACCAGAGGGUUC